AUCUCGUGGUUCAACGAAGCAGACAUAGCAGAAGAUGGGAGCCAACUAUGAGCACGCGAGAAAGCUCAUCUACGACGCCCACAACGAAGAUCCGAACAAAGUCACGCGCUCCGAUGGCACGGAGGUCCCGUACGAAACUCAUUACUCAGAGCAGAUGGAGAGAUAUCUCCAGGCUCGUGCACCCGAAGCCUCAGAGGUCUUGAAGCUUGCGAUAUGCGGCCAGCACUUCCGCCGAUGGGAGGUCCCUCGAUCUCAAUUCCCCAUGACGAAGAUAGGAUACCACUCAUGGAGGACACAUCUCAAGAAACGUCAAGCCAAGCUUGUGGGAGAGAUCCUUGAGCAGUCCAGCUACCCCAAGGCCGAUGUGAAAAGAUGCAUCGCUUUGGUUGAAAAGGAGGGAUUGAAACAAGGCGAACCUGAAGUACAAGUGCUGGAAGAUGUUGCGUGCCUCGUAUUCUUGGAUGAUCAAUUCGAUGAGUUCAAGGAGAAGCAUGAUGAGGACAAGAUCGUUACAAUUUUGAAGAAGACGUGGGUCAAGAUGUCGGAAGAAGGACAUCACCUGGCGCUGCAAAUACCCAUGACUGAAGAGUGCAAGGCUCUGGUGGGUAAGGCUCUCGAGUCUACUUGAUGCGACUCUGAUCCCAUCCGCCAUGACUCGCGCGGCUCGAUGUCCGGCAUGACAUGCCGCGUUUUCAUGCAAUCAAGCGAAAGUCAAAAAUCAGAUCGCCGCACUCCCCGCCGGGUGCGGCUGACACUUCCCACGCACUCGCACGCCUGACCGCUACUACAUAGCCUCGCGACGUCAACAUAUUCACCAGCAUGACUUCGACGAACGUCCUCGUCUGACGGCAACGGGCACUAUCGCAAGAGAUCGUGCGAUCCAGCAACAACCAGGUUGGCCACUACGGCUUCGGCAUGCAGGUAGACGAGACGCCAAAAUCAAGCGGCCCGGACUAGAUCAAAGUAUAAACCUGCUCGAGCAUCUGCAGCUGCAAAAUGGGUCACCACAGUGGCCACUCAGAGCUCAGAUGUGGUUGAAGGUUCCUUGCACAGUGGUCUGUAACCAAACUCUCGAAUUUUCUGUUACCCGCGCUGUGCGCGAAGAGCGCGCUCAGCGCGAUAGCCGCCAUUAUGGACAUUCAGUUGUCCUGAACGAAGACGAACAACUGCUAUGUGGCCUCUCUCAACUGGACUACCGAGCCCGGCAUGCACGUAGACGAAAGGUUAUCCCACUUCAGCCAAGCAGGAUCAGCG